AUGGAGGCGUUUCCACCUGCAUUGGUACACUUCGAGGACCUCGUGUCGUUCAAGUAUUUGGUAGCGAUUCCUCUUGAUGACCCGCUUUGCAAGGGUGUGGAGCCUGCGAAGCCCUUGAAUCUGACAGCCAAUCCGAAGGCGCAGGAGAGCAGAAAUGGAGUUGAGACUGCGACGAGGCAAGCCAAGCUGCUGGGCAAUGAAAGAAGGAUAUCCAUCCUCUCGAUUACAGUUUCCGGUGCGCGAGACGCCUGCAACGGCAGCUACAAGUUCGAUGGGCUUCACCAAGGGAAGCCACUCUUUAAGUCUGACACCGGGGCCAUCAUCUACUUUCAGCGGUUCUGGAAGAUGAACGCGGCCUACAGGACGAGCUCUUGGAUGUACAGCCUUCCUGACAGCCGGACGGCGCUGCCGCCAGAAGGCGAGUGGACGCGCGAAGGGUCGGUGGAGAUGACCUCGGGAUCCGCACCGACGGUAGCCCUUGUGGACGAGUGUUUCAAAAGCCUCGGAGAGCAAGGCAGCUGCUUGAGACUAGAAGGAGGUCGCACAGUGCUUAAGCGUGAGGAGAACAAGAGCUGGCGCUGGAUCGAGCUUCCUGUCUACGAGCAACUCCCCGGCACACCUCCGGCGGCAGAGAAAGAAGUCGCAGAGGGGCAAGUUCCGCAAGUAGCUCUUCCCUCUUUGGAGGAUCUUUGUGCGAAGCUGGAUGCCGAAGAGACCGCAGACCGGCUGAACUUCAGCUUGCUUGGGCACAUCGACGAAGACGAAGACGAGGAACAGCCUUCCUCACUCCCGUCGAGCGGGUACUUCAGCUCAGACAUGAUCCGGCACAUGGGCCAAGGCAUGCUCGCGCAGAUGGCGCGAGAUCCGAGAAGCGAGCCUUGCAGCACCAGUCCGGAAGCUGCGGACGAGCCGCCGUGGCCGCUCGAACAGCCUCGAGUCGGCAUGGCCGCACGAUUGAUGAAGUCCGACGCCGAGUCUCAGCGAGGCGAUGCGGGAAACCUCCUGCGCGCGAAUCGUCUUCGAUUUCGGUAA